ACAUUUCAUAAAAAACUAUGCAAUAGCACAUCAUCGGAAGCAUCGGCUAAUUCAGAUAGUAGAGAAGUACCUCCAGAAAAAAAAAUAUAUAGUAAACAGGAUUCAAAGUACAAGAAAGAAAAGAGUGUGAAUAAGCUUAAGCAAAAAUUAUUUGCUCCAGAGUUGUCUACACAAGAUUUAUCAAUAGAACAAAAUCAGCUAAAAGGCACAGUGCAUAUAACCGAAAUUUCCAAGAUAUUAUAUUCUAAAAAACUUACUUCUAAUAACAAAUCUAGCAUUUAUGAGGCCUUAUAA